AUGGAUCUCCUCUGCGACAACCUAGUGGAGGCGAUCCUCUACCGCGUGCCGGCCAAGUACCUCCACCGCGUCCGCGCCGUCGCCCGCCGCUACAACCUCAUCGUCCUCAGCGCUGGAUUCGACGAUCGAUAUUGGAAGGCGCACUCCGCCAAUCUCUCUGUCUCUGGCGUCUUUAUCCAGUCCGACCGCCCCUGGCGGCAACGCUCUCGGUUCCUCGAUGCCUCCACCCGACCGUGCGAGACGGAGUCCAUGUUCGCUGCAGACCUCGCCUUCUUCCCUCCGCCGUCCCCUGGACCCGCUGCUAGGAGCAGGGAGAUCUUCAUCGUGCACGCAACGGGCGGCCUCGUGCUGUGCUCCAGGGGCAAAAACAUGGCAGUGCAGUACUACGUCUGCAACCCGGUGACCUUGCAUUGGGUCGCUCUCCCGAAGCUGCCGUGGCGGCCUCUGACGUACAUGUCUGGACUUCUGUCGGUGACUAACACUGCAGCUGGAGAUGCCAGCAGCAGCUUUCAAGUCGUCCUUUUUAACCUCCCCCCGUACCAGUUUGGUGGCAGUUUCCUGGAUCUCAUGGUCUUCUCCUCGGCCACCGGAAGCUGGGAGAAAAAACCCAUCGAGCUUCCGAUUCCUAUUCUUGUCGUAACACAUGCACCACCGUUCGUGGGCCAGAGUGGCACCGCAUACUGGAUCGGGUACUCGCCCAUGGACAGCGUCAUUGCAUACAACUCUCUUCACCACACCAUCAAAUUCCUUGCAGUGCCCAGCCGUGUUCAUGGCACUACUCGGACACUGAACCGGUGCAUAGGGGAGCGCCAGGGCGGGGGUCUACGGUACGCGCACUUCGACUGCUGGGUGUUGCGGGUGUGGGAUCUGCAAGCUGGUGGUGUAGAUGACGCUGACGCUGAGUGGGAGCUGGCACACCAAGUUGGUGUCAUGGAACUGGCACAACGGAAUCCAGAGGCAACUGACAUUAUUACUAAACGGAAAUAUGUUGAAUGCCGCAUCCGUGCAAACACGCUCUUCUCGGUGCUUGGCUUCCACCCAACUGCUGAUAUAAUCUUCUUGGAUGUUAAUGGGACCGUCCUUGCAUACUCCAUUGAAGAUGGCACUACCAGAUACCAAUGCUCUCACAACUACUUGCACCACCACAUGUUUCCCUAUGUACAUCCCGCUCAUCCAGUGGAGAUCCCAGCGAUAAAGAAGGCACCACUCGACUUGAAGCCCUCCUGA